GUGGCCCGGGAGCGGCCCAGAGGAGCCGGCGGCGGCCAGAGGAACGAGGGACGGAGCCGGGAGCCAUGCCGCGCUGACCCGGGGGGCCCGCACAGCCGCCGCCGCCGCCACCGCCGCCGGGUGGGGUGGAAGGGGCGGGAGCCGCCGCCGCUGCCGCCGCCGCCGCCUCCCGGGUGGGCGCCCUUCGCCGUGGACGCCGGCGGCCCGGGACGAGGGUUUCAUCGCCUUAAAUGGUUUUGA